CCUGCUCUUCGCUAAAGAAACGCCGUCGCGGGGACAACUUUUUCGGGCUAAGCCUCGCCUCCUCGCUUCCCCCCUCCCUCCCUUCGUUCCUAUUUACGGCACACGAGCGCACUUCGCUAAUUUUGCUCUUUCUCGGCUGCCGUAAAAGGGUGGGUAGCGGGCUCUCGCGGUGGCUGUUGGGACGGUCUGCUAAGUUGUAAGAAGCGGGGAAAAGUCGGCUCGAAGCGCUUUGGGUCGAGCGCGCUGGUUGCCUUGGUUUGUGGAAGGACAACGCUGGAAGGGAGGAAAAAAUGACCCGGACUGGCUAAAAAGACUGUUAUCCGGGGUGUCCCGGAGAAGUGGGAAGGUGUAGAGAUGCAGGAAGGUGUCCGUUUUGCUUCUUCAGGAGAUGAUGAUGUUAAAAUAUGGGAUUCGUCUUCUAUAACUGUUGUGGACCAGUUUAGUCCACAUGCAUCUUCUCACCCAGUUAAUUCAGUAUAUUGGGGUAGCAACAAUAACUUUUUGGUAACAACGACAGCUGUUGGUGAUAAGAUUGUGGUUUCAAAUUGUAAAGGAAAACCAGUUCCACUCUUUGAACUAGCUGAAGGGGCAAAGCAAACAUGUAUAAGCUUGAGUUCGAAUUCAAUGUAUAUUGCAAGUGGAGGAAUUGAUAGCACUGUUAAUAUCUGGGAUUUAAAAUAUAGAAAACUUCACCGAUCUCUUAAGGAUCAUAGAGAGGAAAUAACUUGUGUGUCAUUCAAUUGGAAUGAUUGCUAUGUUGCAUCAGGAUCCUUGAGUGGUGAAAUUAUCCUGCAUAGUAUUGCUACAAAUUUAUCCAGCACUCCAUUUGGUCAUGGAAGCACGCAGCCCAUACGACAUUUGAAAUACUCUCCCUUUAAAAAAGCAUUACUGGGUAGCGUCUCUGAUAGUGGAACUGUAACCCUAUGGGAUGUCAACAGUCAAACUCCAUACCACAACUUUGAAAAUGCUCAUAAAGCUCCAGCUUAUGAAAUCUGUUUUUCUCCCAUCAGUGAGUUGCUGCUUGUAACUGUAGGUCUAGAUAAAAGAAUAAUUCUCUAUGACACAGCAAGUAAAAGACAGUUGAGAACUUUAGUAGCAGAAACUCCUCUAACUGCAGUAGAAUUCAUGCCUGAAGGAACUUCACUCACUAUUGGCUCUUCUCGUGGAAAAAUAUACCAUUAUGAUUUAAGAAAGCUGACAGCACCUGUGAAAUCAGUCAGUGCUCACAAAACGUCUGUGAAAUGCAUAACACUGCAGAAUUGUAACAGUUUUUCAAAGUCUAGUCAUAAAACAAGUUCAAGUAAACAACUUGCAAAAAAACCUGAUGUCAAAUUGACAAACAAUACUGGAGGAGUUCAGAAUGUUGGUAUUUUAAAAAGUCUUACAUCUAAUGUACCUGCUACUUUCCUGCCACAGUCCAUGCCAAGUAAUGAAGUUAAAGGAAAUGAUGCUCUUCCAGAUAAAUCAGAUUUGACCCAGAGCAGCAAUUUGGAUGUGAUUCCUUCCAAAGAGAUGGAUCAUGGGUAUACUUCUAAUUCAACUAAUUUUGAAGACUUGGGAAGAAAUAGUUUGGGUGACCUAUUUUCUCCACUUCGAGAUGAUAUUGUGGCUUGUAAAGCAAAUGAAGAUGUUCCAGGAAAAAAUGAUGGUUUGGAUUUUCAGUCUUAUCUUUUAAGCAUGGAUUUUCUGUCUCAGUUUAAUACCGCUUUACCUAUAAGAAAAAAUCCAGCAGGAUCAAAUCCACAUAUUGUUCAUUCAAGUCCAUUUAAUAUAUUUGUUGGAUCUCCCAUUAAAGAGGAAGAUGAGCAUCCAGAUAUUGAUGCUAAAAAAACAAAUCAUGGAAAACAAGAAUCCAGUGAGCAUAUCAAACAGUUGAACUCCUCGAACUCUGAUCCUUCAACUCUGAAUACUCCACCUGUUGCAAAUUUAAUCAAGAGUCCUGAUUCCAGAGAAAGACUUAUUAAGAAUAUCCAGACACAACUUUUAUAUGAAUCACCAAUUAAUGGUACUACCUCAACAAGUCCAAAGAUAACUUCCAAUAUUACUUCUGGAGUUGCUAGUACACUAUCUGAGAAAAUAGUAGAUACUAUUGGAAACAGCCGAUUGAAUGCACCUUUAUCAUCAGUACAAAUUCAUUUCAUUCAGAAUAUGAUACAAGAAACUCUGGAUGAUUUCAGGGAAGCUUGUCAUCGUGACAUUGUAAAUUUGCAAGUAGAAAUGAUCAAACAGUUUCAUGUUCAGUUGAAUGAAAUGCAUGCCUUACUUGAAAGAUAUUCUAUAAAUGACAGUUUAGUAGCUGAAAUUGAAAGAUUGCGUGAAGAAAAUAAAAGACUUCAAACCCACUUCUGACAGAUUCCUAUUCAUGUGAAGAAAAUAAUUUGAUAUUUUUGUUCCAAAUGGCUAAGACAUCAUGGUGUCAUCUGAUAAUUUCUGAAGUAGAGUGUAAAUUCAAUAUUUCUUUCAGUACCAAAUAUUUUUAAUUGUAGAAAAGCAAUAGAUACUGACAAUACAGAAAAUGCACUUACAUGUGUAUCGAAGUGUUUCUAUGGUAAAGAAGUCAGAUGAAAUUUGAGGCUAACAGGAUUAUUAACCAAUUCCCUAUCUGUAUAUAAAGUGCCUUUAUAAAAAAGGAAACUAAAUAGGAAAUGUAUUUUGUAUAACAAUUCAUCAACCUUCUUUGCCUUGUGUGGUGUUGAUGGAACUCUCCUUUUUGACUGAAAAAAAUGCAAGUGCCUGACUCUUGAUUUUUAUAUUGUGCGUGCUCUUUAAAAGCCCGUAUCUUUCUUACAAUGGUUACUUUGUAAGUGUAGAAUACAACUCUAAUAUGUAACUCAAUUGUAAACAAAAUAUCCUCAGUUUUUCUAUAUAAUUUCAAAAUACAGUUUGAAUAAACAAUAUGUGUAGUCUUGUCUAAACAUACUUGACCCAAUAGUAUUACUAUACUAAAAUCAGCAAUUCCUCAAUCUGUUCUUUCAGCAUAGUUUUAUUGAUUUCUAGUGCAGCCACAGUCAAACUCAGUUAUUUCAGUUUGACUUUGGUAUUUGUUAGAUUUUUGUUAUUAAAGUUGUACAAUUGAAUGAGCUUAAUGUAAUUUAAUCUGCAAAACAAAAAAACUAAACUAUUCAGCUACCCAAUGGAUUAAAAAUAUGUCCUGGAUCUUCCUGUCACCAAUUAUUUUUUAAAAGUACACAAUUCCCAUUAUAGAAACAUGUGCCUCUGAUGUAAAUGAAGAAAAUGUUUUCUGAUAGUCUAGUUGGUAUAUUUUUAAAAACUUGUACCAAGUUGAUACAAUUCAGUAAAAUGGUUAGUUUAUCCAUUUUAAUAUAAAUUUUAUUGAGAUUAUCAUAAUAUAAAAUACAAAUGAAAAUAAAGUUGGUAGAGAAAUGGGGAAGGAAAAGAAAAGGGAAGGAAAGGUGUCGGAUAAUAGUGAAGAGAGAAAAAAAGUAUUCCAACUUUUUUUCACACCAGUAAAAUACAAAAAAAUGGUUAAUUAUCCAUGAGGAAUGUGUACGUGGUGAUACAGUCCAUUCCAGAAUAAAAACAGGCUGCCUUUGAAAGCUCUUUACUUAUUGCAGCUUUGUAAACCCAAUUGGUCUGCUUCAGGAUGUUGUAGUAAUGGGAUUUUAUCCAUCAACAAGGAGUUUGGAUUACAUUUUAAAAAGAUUGUGUCAUAUUGUCAGGUACUACACUAAAUUUCACAAAAUGUAAAGAUAUUUCAAUAUUUUAAUAACAUGAAUAAUGCAACUUGAAUUUGCUUUUCCAGAUGCCACUUAGUUGAUAACAAACUAGCAUAGCUAUUUAUAAGUAUAGUAAACUGAUUUUAGGAAGGAAAGUUCUGAUUUCCAGAAUUGUCCUGCAUUUAAUAUAAAUGGCUCCAUUAAAGCCCUUUGUUUUCCUAUUCACACCACAAAUCAAAAGAAUUACAGUAUUCAGAAAUGAAUAAUAUGCAGCAGUUCUAUAUACUUUCCAUAGGGGACUUGCAGUAAAUGAUUAUUUUAACCCUGAAAUUGACAAUGAACCUAUGGGAAUUACUGUGAAAGGCAGUGUGUUUAAGGACAUGAAUCAGUUUUAGUUUCUUAUGCAGGUAAGGCAUAUUAUUUUGGCAGAAGAUAUAAAAUACUUGGAAAAUGUGUCAAAACCUUGUGCUUGUCUUCCUUAUAUAUUUUCCCAAUAUCUAAAGCAUUUGAUAAUUUCAGGUCUCUUGUUAGACAUAGCAGAAUUUAUAUGACAUGUUACUUUCUUUUAUAGUCUGCAGAGUCAAAAUCAUGAAAUUGUUCAGAGUGUUUAAAAAUGUAAAACUAUGAAAUGCUUUCAUACAGAAUAUAACCUAUUCAGUACUUUUUGUAUAUUUGACUUAAAGAUUUGACUGUUUUCUGUUCCCAGUAAUCUGGCUUGGAAGGUGCUUGUCUUUCACUUGACCUCUUAAAAUCAUUUACAGAAAACUGCAACUGUAUUAGUUUCUUUUGUAAACCUGCCCUAUACAGAAGUGCUUCCAAGAUUCUAUCCAAAAUUCUAUGCAAAAUUCUAUGCAGAAGAAAUGUUGAAAUUUAAUGUAUAUUUAAAAAUCAUACUGUCACAAAGUAAAAGAAAAUCUUCAGCUAAGUAUUGUUAUGAAAGAUCUGUGCUAGAAUACUGCUUUUGAACACAUGGAAAAUAGCCAGGAUUUUAAAAAUAAGACAUGGUGACAAGCAAUAUAUAAGGUACAUUGAUGGGAAUGUUGGCUUUGGUGAGUGGAAACCAGAAUGAAACUCAUGGUGAGUUCUUAAUUUACAGAACCAGUUUCCCACUGUGAAAUCCACAGGUUUCUGUUUUGAGUGAAUUUUGGCAUGCUGUUCCAUUUUUCAGAUUAAUAUGCUUUCUUUGUUCAUUUACUAAAUACAGAAAGUGUGUGGUAUCAUAAAAUAAAUACAAUCCAAUUAAUUUUAAAAAUAUUUUAAAGUAAAUAUUGUCCUUUUAUUGAUAUCGCAGUUAUAUGGUUGCUACCAUUAUGUUGUUUAUUAUUAUAGCAUGAUUUUAUUGUACAUAUAGUAUCUCUCUGAGAGACAUGGAUGGUUCAGAAAUGUGAAAAAUAAAUAAAAUGAGAUUCAAGGCAGAACCCAUACAUAUGUUCAUUUAAUAUGAUGAGAAAGAGUGGACUUUAUUCUCCUUUUUAGAGAGAAAAAAUGUUCACAUAAAUAAAAUUAAAUAGUAUUUUUUGAGGAUGGGAAUAUAUUAAUAUGUGACUCUUAAAUCCUUUUGGGGAAAAAAGCACUAGAUUAAUAGAUUUCAUAUAUGGACAGCAAUUAUGUUUUCAUUAAAGGUAAUGUAUUAAAUUGAACUGUAACACUGAAAUUUAAGUGUAAUAAAAACCAAUAUUAACAUACAUACUAUCCAAGAAAUUACAACAUUGACUAGUUUUGGUUAUGUCAUUUAUAUAAUUAAUGGUAGUUGUUUAAUCCCUGUGCUUGUAUUUAAUUGGAGUCAAAAUUCAUGUACCGGUAACCACAAAAGUAGUUUUAAAUUAUUACCCUGAUUUUCCCUUGUGAUUUUCUACUUAACUCAUAACCUAAUUCUAAGUGUAUGGAGUUAGGUUUUGCAGCUCAAUGGUUGCGAUUUCCAUUGUAUUUCAUAUUUAUGGUAAAGUCAAGGGAGUGUCUCUUGCACAUAUAUACAUCAGAGGUGGGUUCUACUUACCUUUACUUCCGGUUUGCAACGGGGCUGCGCGCUUCGCUCAAUCGCGCGUGCACUCUUCUGCACAUGAGCAGAAGCAUUCUCAUGACAUCGGGGUCAGUGGGUGGAGCCUCCCGCCGGUUUUACUACCGGUUCUAUAGAACCGGUCCGAACCGGGGACAACCCACCACUGAUAUACACUCAGGCUGGGUUCACACCUUACUUAAUUAUAUUGGAAAACGGCUUUACAUCAUACUACAUCCAAACCAAUCAUAGUAUGUUUCAGUGCAAUGUACAAACUAUUUUUCUCUUUUCACACUUCCUCUUUUAUAUGAUUCUAAAUUAAAGCCUCUGUUUCCAUAGUGACAUGUCAUUUAGAACGGAAGACUCAGUGGACUGAAUGGUUGAUGAAAUAAGCAGCUUCAAAAUGGAAUGAAAAUGAAUAUUGUCCAAUCCUAUAGCAAAGCAUUUGAUAUUUAUUGGGAUUCUUUUUUGUUCUGGAGUAUUGUGUGGAUCUGAAGUGGGAAUAAAACUUUUUCCAACAUC